UGUCUUUUAACCGAAUGUCGAUGCUAGGUUACGAUGACAACGUGUCGAAAAAACCUUGUCAAAAUCACCAAUUCUACACUUACAAAUGACCUUUUCUUUCCGACACACUUUAUCUAUAGUUGGUUGCCAAAAACAAAACCCGAAAAUAAUCAUAGUCCCUCCGAAGACAUCCCAAUUUCCACCAGAAUCAGCAGGAAAAUUAUUUCUUGACAGACUUAAAACACACAAACCAGAUGCUGUUGCUUUUCUCGAAAUCACAACUGACAUCUCUUGCACUUAUGGCGACUUGGUAACAAAAAGCGUCAACUUUGCCAUAAACCUUCGAAGAACCCUAGGGAUCGUACCACAUGAUACAGUUGCUAUCCUUGGUAAUUAUUCGCACAAAUUCUGGGUGGCAGCACUGGCUUGUUUAUACCUCGCAGCACCUUUCCAUUUAUUGAACCCAGAAUAUACCAUUUAUGAAUUAAAACGGUACUUGAUGAUGUCUGAACCCAAAGUGGUAAUUUGUUCGAAACAGGCCGUACCCAACUUUCAGUCUUUAAGAGACGAAUGUACGUUUAUCCAGUCGAUCGUAGUAUGUGAUGAUGAUGAUGAUGAUGAUAAUGGUAAUAGUGCUGUCAUUCUGUUCAAAGACUUGGUUAGAGACAACCAAGAUGUUUCUUUUGAACCGGAAAAAGUAACUGAUAUUGACGAUCGGGUGGCCUUUAUCGUAAACUCUUCAGGUACUACUGGAUUGCCAAAAGCGGUGAUGGUCACUCAUGCGAAUCUUCGAUUAAAUAUAAGCCAUGCUGAAGAUCCUGAUUUGUAUCCUUAUCACAGCAAAAGUGUGCUUCUUCACGUAAUGUUUUUCCACCACAUUCAUGGAUUUAAUACUUGUGCGUGUGCAUUGCACCAAGGAAUUAAAAUGGUGAUUACGGAUACUAAUUGUAGUCCUGAAACGUAUUUGGGAUGUAUUGAAAAAUAUAAAGUUAAUAAACUAUUUGUUGUUCCCAUAAUGGUCGAUCAGUUGGCAACUAACCCUCUAGUGGAUCAACACGAUGUGUCUUCAGUCGAAGAGAUUUACUCGGCGGGUAGCACAUUGCCACAUCCUAUCCACGACAAAGUUUUGAAAAAGUUCAAAAUUAAAUCUGUACGUCAAAUCUAUGGAGCCACCGAAAUUGGGGCCGCCGUUUGCAUUUCCCCACUUGGUUCCUUCAUACCAGGAAGCUGUGGCAAAGUAACUCCAGGAAAUUCCCUCAAAAUCGUCGACAUCAACACUGGCGAGCUGCUGGGUUACAACCAACGUGGAGAAAUCUGCGUUAAGGCGGCUACCAUGAAAGGUUACCUCAAAGAUCCCGAAAGCAUGCGAGCAGCUUACGACGCAGACGGGUUUUACCGAACGGGAGACGUAGGCUACUACGACGAAGAUCUCAACGUGUAUAUCAUCGACCGUUUGUCAGAUAUUAUCAAGUACGAGUCGCACCAAGUACCACCGGCAGAAUUAGAAGAUAUUUUGCUCAAACAUCCCGCGAUUAAAGACGUCGCAGUUAUUGGCAAACCUGAUAGGAAAGGAGAGUUGGCGGUGGCUUUUGUAGUUAAGAAGGAGGGGAUGGAUGUGGGAGAGGAGGAGAUUGUUGAGUUUGUGAAGAAGUUUGUGACUGAGGAGAAGUGGUUGCACGGUGGGGUGAGAUUUGUGGACAAUAUACCGAGGAACCGAAGUGGAAAAAUUGGGCGCAAGGAUUUGAGGCAACUACUUGAGAAGGAAUUAAAAUAAAUGUUUAUUUUAAACUAUAGGGUAAUUUAUUUGGAAUUUAAGAAAAUAUUUUUGCAUAACAGGAAUUCCACAUACAUGACGAUUUUGCACAUUCUUUGAUAACUCUAGGUACUAAUCCGUUUUUGUGAACGUCGCAGUACCGGCUUUGCUUUUGUAAGGAGCUAUGAUGUUUUCCAAAGAAAUAUUUCUGGUUUUUAUUGUUGCGGCAGUUUCUGCAAACGCGUUGCUUGUUAGAACAGGAGUCGCUGGAAAAGCAACAAAUGUAACUUCUGCAGCCACCAAGAACGCAAACCAGACGACAUAUUUACCACCUAUUAAACCAUCAAAUGGUUCUGUGUCAGCAGUUUCAAGUACCGCAAAUACAAGUCAACCAUCUGGGGUGGUGGCUUCCAGUCGUUCCGAUGGUUCUGCGCCAAAAAAGAACUCAACACAAGAUGUUAGUUCUGAAGAAAGUACUGAAUAUGCGAAUCAAAAUGCCACUAAAUCCUCCCCCAGUUUGAAUCUCUCUGGAUCACCAAAAGAUGUACAUCAAGAUCAUCAGAAAGGAUAUUCUGAUUUAGAAGCUUCCGAUAAUUCAACUCAAAAAUCUACAACUGGAAAAAUUCGGUUGUGAAAUAUUAAAAAAGUAUAGGUUUUAUUUUUGUCUGUGUAUUGUUCGUUAUAUUUUUACUGGGAUUUUAUAAGGUAUUGUUAUUCUACACAUGCUAGUAAAAU